AUGCGGUGUCCCAAAAGCCUUCCCCCAGUGUUUCAUGCGCGGGCCAUGGAGCUCAAGGCGGAGGGCAACCAGCAUUUCCAGGCACGGGAAUAUGCAGCAGCCAUGGAGCGAUACGGCAAGGCCAUCAAGCUGCUGCCCGCCACUCAUGCGGACAGAGGCAUUGUGCACAGCAACCGAGCGGCCUGUCUGCUGCAGAUGCGGCCGGUGGAUUACGAGGGCGUGAGGGCGGAGUGUGACGCCAGCCUCGCUCUCAACCCGGGCUUCUGCCGUGCGCUGCUGCGCCGCGCCAAGGCGCUGGACGCGCUGGGCGAGAAGGAUAAGGCCGAGGCUGACGUGGAUGCGAUUUUAAAGGCGGAGCCCACCAAUCAGGACGCAUGGGAGAUAAAGAAACGGCUGCAGAAGCUGAAAGCUCCUCCUGCUAGCAAGCAGCCCUCCUCCGUCCCUCCCUCUGCCGCUGCUGAUACCGCCACACCUCCAUCCCUCUCCACCACCCCACAACCCAUCCCCACCGCUCCCGCUGCCUCUGCCACACCAUCCCCACCCGCCUCUGCUCCCAUCCCCACUGCUCCCAUCACUGCCACUGCCAACCAAUCAGAAGCAGUAAAGCCUUCCCCUGAUAGCAAAGUUUCGUCUUUCUCUCCUGCUCUUGAAACCUCCACCGAGGGAUUAGGUGCUGAUUCGCCUGCUGCUCCAGCUUCUGGGUUGGCUGCUGCUCCGGCUUCUGAUUCGGCUUCUGGCUCGGGUUCAGGUUCGGGUGCUGGUUCGGAUGCUGGUUUGGGCGGCGGGAUGAGCCACAUGCCGCAGCUGCCUCCUAGAAAGCAGCAGGCAGCAGCGGAAGCAAGGGAGGGAUCUUUUGAGUCGACUCAAAAGCUGCCUCCUAGAAAGCAGCAGGCAACAGCGGAAGCAAGGGAGGGAUCGGGGACAGGGGCAGGGACAGGGACAGGGGGGAAGGAUGGAGACGGAAAGACGAAGGGUGGGAGAAAGGGGGAGGGAGGGGGAAAGAGGGGAGGAAGAGGAGGAAAGGGAGGAGGAGGGGAGGGGCGAGUUGAGAUGGUGAAGGAGAAGAGGGUAGUGAGAAGGAAGGUGGUGAGGAAGAGGAUGCAGAAGGUGUUGAGGAAGCGGAGGGAGGAGAGGCGAGUGCCGACGGUGCGAGUUAAAGUGACUCUGGCCACGGGCAGAGACACGAGGCUGGCUCAGAUGCCCGUGGGUUGCGGGUUCCAGCAGGUGCACAGAAUCAUGGGCGCCUGCUUCCCAGUUCUGUUGGACUGUCCCUCCCUGGCUCUGCAGAGUCCGUUCCAGCAGGUGCACAGAAUCGUGGGCGCCUGCUUCCCUGGCUCUGCAGGGUCUGUGUUCCAACAGCUGCACAGAAUCGUGGGCGCGUGCUUCCCCCAUCUGAACGGCAAACCCAUGCUUCUUCACUACACUGACGCUGAGUUUCACACUCACAGCAAUGCUCAUCCUCGCAACCCAAUCUCCCAGGGAGACCUCAUCACAAUGACAUCUAAGGAGGACAUUGCUAUUGCUCUCAAACAGGCGCAGGCACCAGCUGUGCCAGCUGACGAUACUGACGUGGAAGAGGUGGAGUGGGAGGAGGUGGAGGAGGAAGGAGAGGAGGAGGUGGAGGUGGAAGAAGAGGAGGAGGUAGAGGAGGAGAUUGAGGUGCCUGCAAGUAAGGGGAAGGAGAAGGGAGAGGAGGAAAAUGUUGGAGAAGCAGAAGAGGAGGGAGAGGAGGAGGGGGAGUGGGAAGAAGGGGAGGAAGGGGAAGAAGGGGAGGAGGGGGAGGCACAACAGGAGGUACUAGUUGAUUCGUGGAUAAUCCAGUUUGCCGACCUAUUUAGGGAGCGGCUGGGCAUUGAUUCUCUCGCCAGCUUUGACCUGGCGGAUGCUGACGUGGCAGCGGUUAAUAGGGCACUGGAGGGGACGGUGGAGGCGGAGGAAGCUUCUGAGUUGCUGCAGCAGGCAGCUGCCAAGUUCCAGAGCAUGGCAGCAGUGGCGCAUCUGAACUGGGGCAACACCUAUGUCUGGAUGGCUCGGCGCAGGCUCGGCCUCAAACCUGCUCCGGAAACUGCCCAAACCACCCAAACCACCGCUGUCGCUGCUGCGGCCGCAGAAGUGGGCGUGGAAUCAGGCAAGGAGGGUGAUGAAGCAGAGAAAGUAGCAACAGAAGCAGACAAGGGAGGCAUGGAGGCGGACAAAGGGAGGGCGGAGAAGGAGAAAGAGGCGUUGAGAGAGAUAAGAGGGGAUCCAGAUCGGCGAGCAGCCAAGCUGGGGGAGGUGGAGGCGGCUCGGGAGGUGCUGGAGCAGGCUCGGGAGAAGUACGAGGCUGCUCUGACGGUGCAGCCGAACCUGCCAGAUGCGCUGCUGGCGCUGGGGCAGUGCUUUGUGGAGAUGGCGCUGGCAGAGGAGUUCCUGGCAGUGCUGGAAGGGGCGGAGGGCGAACAGUGCAGGGUGCAGUCGGGGUGGUGCUCUCCAGAUACAGUGUUUCUGGCAAUGAAACCUCCCUCUCCCCUCUUACGUCCCCACACAUCAUCCUGGCAGGCGCUGCUGGCGCUGGGGCAGUGCUUUGUGGAAAUGGCGCGAGCAGAGGAGUUUCUAGCCGUGCUGGAAGGGGAGGAGGGCGGGGAGGGGGACGAGGGAGAGAACAGGGAGAAGAAUGAGAAGCAGGAGAAGGGAGAGGGAGAGAAGAGGACUGAAGGGGGGGGAGAGGGGAAGAAGCGUAUGAGAGGAGUGCUGGAGUGUUUGGCUCAAGCAGAGGAGAGUUUCACCGCUGCUGUGAAGCUAUGCGGCAGAGAUCCGGAUGCAUUCCUUGCUGACGUGGCGGCGUUCCGGCAGAACGUGAACCUCCAGCUGGCCAAUUGCAUGUUUGACAAGUCGCAGGUCCAGUUGGACCUCAUCCUCUCACCUCCUUCCCCUUCCCCCCUCCCUCCUCCCUCCCCCCCUCACUCUCCUCUCCCCCUCUUUCCCUUCCUCCCCUCUUCACUUCCCAUGCCUCAUUCUGGCCGUCGUGUGUGGUGCAUGGUGACAAUGGAUCAGUUCAAGCUGUCAGAUGCGGGAUGGGAAUCGUCUCUCGAGGCGGCUGUAGCAGCGUUCAAGGGCGUGGGAGUGUCAGAAGAGGAGGUGCAGCGUGUGCUCGCCACACACGCCUCUUCGCAGGCCACAACCUUGUCCCCUCAGUCUUAG